AAAAUUUAAAAAAAUACAACAAAUAAACUCUAAUAAUGCUCGUUUAUUUAUGAUAAAAUUAGUUUAAAAUGAAAGUGAAUUGAAAUAAUUUUUGGUGUCGAAUUUUGUGUUGUAGUUGUGAUGAUAGAAUUGUUUUGUGGAAUUAUCGACACGUCAUUAUUAAUGCAUGAAAGAUGAUUACUUCUUAAAAAUAAAAACAAAAUUUUGGGCAACGUAAAUGAGUAGGCCCAAUUACGGGCCUUACAUGCGGCCCAUAUCAAAUCAACCAACACACAAUCGAACUGAUUCCGGUAAUUCAAUUGGCAGCGAUUAUGAACCACCAAAAUAUCAAAAUGAAAACGGUAACGGUGGAUAUCAACGGACUGCUUCAACGACAAGCAAUCGGUGGGCAAAAGGGGAUGAUGCUAAUUCGAAUGCAGAGAAUCAAGCUUAUCAAAAAUCUGAAAUGAAAUCAGAUGCUCAACAAGCGAUACGUCCAACUAGUUUGUAUGGAACAACAUGUAAUCGACCAGAAUUGGGUUUAUAUCCCCCUGAUUCUGGUCUAACACCAGAACGCGAACCAAUUAAAUUUGAUAUAAAUUUGGUUGGUGCUCCGGCUGAAGUUGAACAACUCAUUAAUAAUAUUAAACAUGUAGCGGAAUCAUUUCUAUAUCAUUGGCGAACUUUUCCAAUUGUGCUUCCUACUCCUGUAUCUGUAACGCAACCUAAUCGUGAUCAAUGCAGAUCUGAUUUAACAUGUGGCUCCCCACAUUCACUUAGCCGUCGACAUCGUGGACCUAAUCUACGUGAUUUAUUCGUUGCACCGUCAUUCGAUGAAUUAGAUGCAGUCGCUGUGGACUCCAAAGGUGAACCACGUCGAUUGAGUGGAAAACAACUCGAAAGUUGUCGAGAAAGAGGCUUACACAAGGAUAAGUAUGGAAAACCGAAGAAGUUAAAUUAUGAUCAAUUGGAAAGCAUACGGAUGUGGGGAGAAUUUGAAGUGGACAGUAUUAAUUUUCCGGGACAAGUACAUCGAUGGCAGCUUAGUCAAUUGUUACAAAAAGGAACAGAACGGAGUCGUGAAACAUUAUUAAAAGAUUUAGCAUUGGCAUUAAGAUUUAUCAUUGUUACAGCGCGUAAUCGUAUCUGCUCACAUUUCUUUAGUGUUAUUCAUGCAAUACGAGCUUUAGGCUCUGGUUUAUUUAUAUUAUUGGAUGUGUUAAUUGGCCUUCCAUCAUUGCAAGCACACAAUUUAGAUGCGAAAAUUCGUGAAGAACGAUGUCGUUAUCUUGUCGCUGAAUUAGUAUGCCCUUCUGAAUAUGCAGAUAAUUUGGAUGUAUUAUGUGAUUGGUUACGACGUGAAAUGCGUCGGGCAGCUACCGAAAAAAUAUCAUCAUCACCAAAUGGUAAUAAUCGAGCCUCUCCAAUAUGUAUCCCAUAUCGUUAUGCUACCGCACAAGGUGGUUUCAUCGAUUUACGAUUAAUGGAUCGUGAUUUAAUGCGUAAAGCAUUACCAAUACUUGUUACAAUAUUGGAGCGUGAAGCUAGAGGUUGGUUUUUACAUUUUCGUGAACGUCUUAUUGCUGAACUACGUUCGAAAAAAAUGCAGGAUCAUGAAAUUGAACAGGAAGUGAAUGAAGCAGUUAUGCGUGAAUAUUUACAAAGAGUUUAUAGCAGCGUCCUUUCACAUCCCGAUUUACAAGCACUGGGUGAUUCAAUUCCACAACUUUUAGUUCAACAAGCUCAAUCCGUAGUAUUAAUGCAUCGUGCAGUUGAAGAAGUUCAAAAAAACUUAACUAUCACACUAAAUAACGUAGAAGAACGUUUAGCCGAUCGUCAUCCUGUCAUGUCUCGUGUAUCUCCAUGGCUUCGUGCCCAAUUACGGAACGCUCAACAAAAAUAUGCGAUCGAACAUCAAUGGAGCGCCCAUGAACAUGCAAUCGAGCUAUGUAACUCUCAACGCUUACAUCAAACCGUGUAUUUCUUAAAUCGAGAUCUAUCAUUUAUGCGAGAGCGUGAACCUGCAUUGUUGCGGGAGCUAAGCAAAGUUCGUAUUGCAACACGCACAUAUACAUGGGCCACACAAAUAUGGUGUCCGAGUGGAUGGAAAGUACGAAGAUGUUUUCAGGGAGAAACACAAAUUAUACCAACGGUGUUGAGUAAUCAACCGACGAGUAUAACGACACCCAGAUCCGAUCCUAGUCAACCGAUAUUUCUUGUUGAGAAAGAGCAAACACGCACGACUACCUGCCGAUGGCCGUUAUGGCGAUGGGUGAAUUAUACUCAACGUACAUGGGCUUGGAGCUUAAAUGCUAUGUUUUUAUUGGGUAUUGUUGUUCCAUGGUGUAGUCCUGUAGGAUUACGUGCUUUAUUCUAUAUACAACCGUUCAUGCCAGAUUUAGAACUUUCACAAGUAAAUGGUACAUUAUUCCCACGAAAAAGUUCGCUAACACCAACAUUAUGUUCACGAUUAGUUUCUUUAUGGCGACAUAUAUCAAAAUCACGUACAUACUUCGAAACAAAACCGGAUACUGGUUUCAUUGGUAAAGGUUUCACACGACAUAUGAAUCGUUUUUGGAAUUAUAUAAUCAAAGGAUUAUUAGGAACAUUUGUGAUUGUAUUCUUCUUCCCAUUAAUAUGUAUCAUUAUUAGUUUGUGUAGUAUUGUCGUUACAAUUACAACAUUUAUGUGGAUGCCAGUCGUUACUUUGUUAUUGCAUAUAUUUAUGGGAUUGGUUUAUGAUUUUGAUAGUCCAGCACCAGAACGAAAUCGUUAUUUUGUUGUAUUUGAAGCGAUUAUAUGGAAUAUAUUGAUACAAGGUCUUAUACAACCAUGUGCAGCGUUAUUGGUUGCUAUUCUAUUUUGUCCACUUCUUAGUUUAAUUAUUUUAACGUGUGGUGUUGUAAGAUAUUGGUUCCGAUUAUGCUGGGAUUCCAUACUAUUCCAUGCAAUUAUCAAAAAACGUGGUCGUAUACCAGCCAGUGAUAGUUUUGUCGUACGUCGUAUAGCCGGUCCGGGAUUAGCUUCCAAUUACUUCUUUCAAAUACGUCCAGAACAAGCUUUAGCUGCAUUCGAAUCAAAAAUGGAAUUAGAAAAACUAGCAAUAUAUCAACGUAUCACCGAAAAUACAAUCUUACAACCGCAAAAAGAUUUUGCACAGUUUAUCGAAGGUUGUUUUGGCCCAUUCUCAGCACAAUUAGCAAAAACUGGUCCGUAUCGUGUCCUCGAAAAGGAAUGUCAAGAGUUAAUUGGGAGCUUACAUGAAAAACUUGAACGACGUCGACGUGAUUUACAUACGGGUUUGAGUGUUGCUGUUCGAUGUAAGAUUAAAUUAAGUACACAAGAUUUAAAAGUUUCCAUACAACAGGCCGCACUCAUGUUGGAACGCUUUUAUCCGGCGAAUAUUUUUUCACAUAUGUUAAUGUUAAAUCAAACAGAAGAAGAGUUUUGGGAUAGUCGUGGAUUAUCGCAUGGUGAUUGGGCUGGUUUAGCGGGACUUUUGUAUGCAGAUAUAUUUAGUUUAGAUUUUUUAACACCACUUGACGAAACACAAACUAGUUUUAAAUUGGAACCGGAUAGUAGUGUGGAUCUAUCACGCUAUACCGAUUUAGUCCACAGUGCUGAAUUAGGUGUUUGUGGUCCUGAUCUAUUGGGUGCAGUAUAUGCUCCGCGUGGUAAUAUUCAAAUUCAUUCACCAUAUUUAGAAGUUUCUGCUUUUAACCCACGUAGUAGGUUCACUUCAACCGCAGGAAUAAAGAAAAAUGAAAAGAAAAAUGAUAGCAAUACCAUGACAUCGUUGCGUUCUCGUAAACAGCGGCAAAAUAAAAAAACAAAAGAAGAAAUUGAAGAUGUCGUGUGGGCACCAUGGAAGAGUCAUAUUCCACCAUAUUCACCGGAUAAAUUAAUUAUACCACUUCCGGUACCGCAUCCAUCACAUAUUGCAGUUAUUGUAUAUAAUCGUGAUAGCGAAAAUCCAAUACCAUUGGAUACGGAUCCAUCAUGCUUAGAAAUACUCAAACGUUUAGAAGAAUCUCAUGGAAUUAUUCAUUACACAGGUAUUGGAAGGUACCGUGGCGGUGGUGAUUGUCCUGAAAGUAGUUAUGAAUCAACCGUCGAUUCACAAAGUUCAACAUCGGAGAGUCCUGGUGGUGAUGUUGUAACAAGUGCUGAACCCGCUACACCAGACGAACCAGAUCCACCAACGUCCUCCGGUGGUUAUCAAUGGACAUUAAGUCAAUGGGGACCUGGUGCGCGUAAACGUGUUCCGUCUGGUACAGUGCGUGUUGACUUAGCUAGUCCAGAAGAUGUCACAUUAGAUACAGACAGUAAUCAAGUGGUAUUCAAUCCUUAUGGAACAACUGUAUAAAAACAAAUCAACAUCUUAACUAUAUUUCUAAGUAUAUUUUCAUCUCUUUCUUCUCUCUCUCUAUCUCUUUUCUGCUCUUAUGGCAUGUAGCUAAUAACCAAUGAAUUACAAAAUAUAUUUAAAGACGAUACGAGUAAUUUAAUAAAAACAAAAAAACAAAUUAUCUCAAAUUUAUUCUCAAAUUAAGUAAGCGAUUUUAUUUUUUAAUUUUUGGCUAAAUU